AUGCCCGUUGGCGAAGACAACUUUUCCAAUAUAUCCUGGCACAGCGAGCAAAAUGCCGACCGCGUAGGGCAGAGCACGUCUGCAUCUCACAACCCUGUCGGCAGUCCCGGUUUCUCUGGUCAUCAAUCAGAUGAUACUAGGACAGACGAUGGGAGGGAUGCCGACUAUGGUCACUCCGCGGGCGAGAUUCUCGAUUGUACCGUCGCGGAGCCACACAAGGAGAACGACGGAACCAAGGAUACUUAUGUAUCUUAUUUGAUUACCACCAAUACCACGUUCUCAACCUUUCAGCGACCAACGACAACCGUACGCCGCCGAUUUACCGACUUCGUUUUUCUCUACAAGGUCCUUACUCACACAUACCCGGCAUGCGCGGUGCCUCCAUUGCCAGACAAGGAGCGCAUGGAAUAUGUGCGAGGCGACCGGUUCGGACCUGACUUCACCGCGCGGCGUGCCCACUCUCUUCAGCGCUUCCUAUUUCGACUCACUCUACACCCCGUCCUCCGUCGCGCGAGCAUACUCCAUACCUUCCUCGAGAGCCCCGACUGGAAUGCAACCAUGCAUAGCCGAGCAGGACGCCUUGGUUUUACCGGAGCAGGCGGCGACGGCCUCGGCGCCAGUCAAUCCACGAGCAGCAACGGUAGCGGCGUUUUUGACUCGUUCGCUGAUAGCUUCAUGAACGCCUUCUCGAAAGUGCACAAGGUCGACCCUCGCUUCACAAAGAUCAAGGAAAGGUCGGACAAGCUCGACGAGGACCUCAACAACGUCGAAAAGGUUGUCGCCCGUGUGGCCCGGCGCGAGUCGGACCUCGAAACCGACCUGAAGGAUCUCGCCGAGCAAUUCCAGAAGCUCAUCACCCUCGAACCGGGCGUUGAAUCUGCCGUCCAUGCUUUUGCGGCCUCGAUCGAGGACACGUCCGCUGGCCUCAAAAAACUCAAGGAUCACACCGACCAAGACUACCUCACCUCCCUCCGUGACAUGGUUGCCUACAGCGGCGCUAUCAAGCAACUCCUCAAAGCCCGUGAGCAGAAGCAAGUCGACUACGAGCAGCUCACCGAGUACCUCAACCGAUCCACCGCCGACCGCGACACGCUCGCCUCCGGGCACGGGUACUCGGGGGGGCCUCUCUCGGGCGCCCUCGGCGGCGCGGGCGGCUUCAUCCGCUCCAAGAUUGAGGACGUGCGCGGGGUGGACCACGAGCAGGCGCGGCGCGACCGGCAGCGCAAGCUGGAACUGCGCAUCGAAGAGCUGACGGGGGAGGUCGAGCACGCGCGCACCGACGCCGACCGCUUCGCCGAGCAGACCCUGCGCGAGGCCGACAACUUUGAGUGGAUCAAGAAGGUCGAGUUUAAGCGCCAGUUCUCGGGUCUCGUCGACGCCCACGUCGACUUCUACGACGGCGUUAUCGGCGUCUGGGAGGGGUAUGUCCGCGAGAUGGAGAGGGAGGGCGUCGUGCUCCCGGCUUAG